AUGAAUAACACCAAAAUGUCACUCAACAAAGAAUCCCCCAUCGCAAUCGUAGGCGCUGGCGUCUUCGGCCUCAGCAGCGCCAUCCACCUCGCUAAAGCUGGCUAUAAAAACAUCACUGUCUUCGACCAACAGCCCUACCACGAAACCCAGUACGACUUCGACCGAGGCUGCGACGCCGCCUCCGCAGACUGCAACAAGAUCAUCCGCGCCGCCUACGGCCACGAGGUAUGGUACCAGGAUCUGACGCUGGAAGCGAUCAAAGAGUGGGAGUCGUGGAAUGAGUCCCUCUCCGACAAUAGUAGUAGUGGGCUACAGUUACUUCCACCCGGUAUGAAGAAGGGAGAGCGCAUCUAUGUCAACUGCGGAAAUUACCAUUUCGGGGAUGGCGAGAACCAGAACCACAACGACAACCACAACCACAGCGGACAACAUGGGCUGAACGAGUUCGAGAAGCUGUCCGUGGAGAAUCUUGCCAAGGCCGGACUGGGACAUACACAGUAUAUCUUCAGUGAUGAUGCGAAGGAGGCAGAGCGCGCGAGGGCGGAUGGGCUGGGGUACGCGGUUGAUCCGUUCAAUCUGGGCGCGUUGAAGGAUGGGAAGUACCGUGGCUAUCUCGAUACCAUUGGAGGGUUUGUGUAUGCUGACAAGGCGUGUCGGUAUGCGCUACACCUUGCGCAGACGCUGGGGGUGCGAUUCGUCCUGGAUCGACAAGCGGGACGGUUUGACAGGUUCGUCGAGAAAGACGGCAUAGUCACCGGUAUCCAGAUGGCGGAUCGGACGACGCAUCCUGCUGCGUUGACUAUUGUCGCCUGCGGGGGAUGGACGCCAGGCCUCAUCCUGCCUGAGAUGGACGGACUGUGCGAGACAACAGCCGGGUCGGUCGUGACGAUCCAGAUCCCUGAGUCCUCGCCACUGCGCCAGAGACUUUCACCAGACAACUUCCCCGUGUUCAAUUGGAAUGUUCAUGCUGGGGAGAAUGGCAAUCUGUACGGUUUCCCACUGACGGACAACGGGGUCCUAAAGAUAGGAUACCGGGGUACGAAGUACACGAACCCACAGAGAUUCGAAGACCGAUCAUCAUCGUCACCUUCAAAGGUCCGCAGCGUCCCAAUAACCAAAUGGACCUCUCCAUCCAUCACCGGUUUGCCCGAGAAGUCAACAAACGUCAUCCAGGGCUUCCUGGAUACAUACCUCCCCGAGCUGCGGGAUGCUGGAAUCAGCACCGGCUCUCCCAAUUUCCACACACGGCUGUGCUGGUAUACGGAUUCGUUUGACAACCACUGGGUGAUUUACCAUGUUCCUGGUAAGUCCGGGGUCAUCGUGGCCACCGGGGGCAGUGGACAUGCGUUCAAAUUUCUGCCGUUGCUCGGCCGGUUCGUCGUCGAGAGGGCCACGGGGGCUGGAGAGUCGGAGUUGCUUAAGCUGUUCCGGUGGAGGCAUUUGAAGGAGGGGGAGGAGGCGCAUAACAAGCUGAUGAAGGGGUUUGAUGAUGUUAAUGCUUUGCAGAAGGUGAAGUUGAUCGGUGGAGGUGUCAAGGGUAGGCUGUGA